UUCAGAACCCAGGAGGAGCACCGAGAGGCCAAGCUGACCCUCCGGCCCCCCAGCCUGGCCGCCCCCUAUGCCCCUGUGCAGAGCUGUUAACACCAGCCAGAGAAACUCAUCUUCGAGUCCUGCGGUUACGAAGCCAAUUAUCUGGGCUCCAUGUUGCUCAAAGAUCUGCGAGGGACAGAAUCCACACAGGACGCCUGUUCCAAGAUGCGGAAAUCCACGGAGCACAUGAAGAAGAUCCCCACCAUCAUCCUGUCCAUCACGUACAAAGGGGUCAAGUUCAUCGACGCCUCCAACAAGAACACCAUCGCGGAGCACGAGAUCCGGAACAUUUCCCGUGCCGCCCAGGACCCAGAGGACCUGUGUACCUUCGCCUACAUCACUAAGGACCUGCAGACCAGCCCCCACUAUUGCCACGUCUUCAGCACUGUGGACGUGAACCUGACCUACGAGAUCGUCCUGACGCUGGGCCAGGCGUUCAAGCUGGCCUACCAGCUGGCCCUGCAGGCCCAGAAGGCCAGGCCGAUGGGGGCCUCUGCCACUGAGGUGAUGGAGACCAGAUCUUCCAAGCCGGUGCCGAAGCCCCGGGUGGGCGUGAGGCAGGCAGCGCUGGAUCCACCUGACACGAACCCCAACGCCCAGUCCCACGCCAGCGUCUCCUGGUCGUGGACCCCAAGCCAGAUUCUAAGCGGAGCCUCAGCAGCAGCUGAGCCACCGAGGAACCGACUGUGUUGCAGAAACAGCCGUGCGGAGCACAGGCUCCCGCCACCGCCGCCUCACCUGCAUUGGAGACCCAGGCCCACCUCCGCCCGCGGGACUCCUCCCGGCUGA